UCCCUUCAAACGCAAGGCACCUGAAAUACUAGUUGCUCGACACGCGUUGCACAACCUUUCGCGGUUGUUGGACUGUCGCUUUCGUUUUCUUAGGGAAACAUCACGCAUAGAAGCCCUCGGGCAUUAGAAAGAAUGGCAAUCGAGAAGAUGCACAUCAGCUAUAACGAAAUUCACCAGGCCAUUGCAGACUGCGUGGAAGGGAAGGACGUCUACGAGAGCUUCAAGCCAACUCUUAUCAUCGCAAUCGGCUCAGGUGGCUUCAUCCCGGCACGCAUGCUGCGGACGUUCCUGAAAGCCAAGUGCGGCAAGUCCCUGCCUAUCCAAACGAUCGGACUGGUGCUGUAUGACGACAACCUGGAUAAGUACGACCCGGACACAGCUGUGGUGCGCAAGACGCAGUGGCUCAACUACAGCCACGGCGAGGGCACUGGCAUCUCGUUGCAGGGCCACAACAUCCUGAUCGUGGACGAGGUGGACGACACGCGCAAGACCCUGUCGUACGCCGUGGCGGAGCUGACCAAGGACGCGGAGAAGCAGCGGCACGAGUACGAGGCGAGGCGCAAGGAGGGCGAGCCGGAGUGGCAGCAGCCCAAGCUGGGCGUGUUUGUGGUGCACAACAAGAUUAAGGACAAGAAGGGAUCCCUGCCAGCGGACGUCCUGGAGAGCCGCUAUUUCAAGUGCAUGGAUGUACCAGACAACUGGAUCGUGUACCCAUGGGAUGCCCUGGACAUUGAGACGCACCAGCAACGGGCAGACGAGCGUCGCGCGGGCGAGCGGGCAGCGAAGAAGGCCAAGGUGGACGGUGACCAAUGAUCUACACGUGGCAGCCGGUGGUCGGGAAAACUGCAUCUGGGCCAACUAGAUACGGGUGAUAGUGAGGGGCGCUUGCCGCGAGGUGACGCGAGCAAUGUACGGAGUGCCCGAAAGGAUUUGCGGGAAAGGCACGUCCGAGAGGCAAUGGCCGGGGGCUGGGCUGGGAGAAGCGCGAGGCGGCGAAGGAGGCGACAUUGACGAAGGCAGCGAACGCGGCGGCGGCGGCGGGGGAGGAGGUGGUGUGAGGGAUCGGCGUGGGGUGCGGACUUGCGUGGGUUGCAGAGUUUUGCCUAGGCAGGAGCAGUCAGGACGUCGGACUCGGGCUCAGGUGCGUGACGUACUGUGGGUGCCUCAUUAACUCUUAAGCAUCUUCUAUAACACGUUGUACCACCAAAAUAAGUGCGGAGGCCUUGGCGAGAGGCCCUGGCAGCUCUGCCAGAAAAGACGUUACACCAGAGGCUAACCAGUCGCCCAUACGCAAAUCGCUAUUGCACUACCUGUAAGCAGGCUGGCAG